UGAAGGAGAAAACUGUUUGGCUGAGAAGGGCAUGGGGUUGAGUAAUGUCGCCGAUUUGGGGGCUGGACAUCCCAGUGCCAUCAUGUCUCAGCCUUCUACUAUUAUUGGGUUUCCUUGCUUGGGGGCUUUGGGAGCUGUUUACCGCGAAACAGAGCUGGGAGCGAGUGGCAGCCAAGAUAGACACAGAGACCUCAAAGCAGCAUAAAUUGAAAAAGAUCCAGAAAUUCACAGUUCCACAGUGGGAAGAAAAUUUCAAGAUGGAAUGCAUUGAAGCUAACUUGACAGGUGUUUCAGAGAUCCCUGUGAAUUGGACCCAGGAAUAUAUCCUCUGGUCAAUGGACAGGAGUAUUCAACAGAUCUUCCAACACUUGGAAAAUGCAAGAUCAAGUCUUAUGGAACUGUGUUUGCCUGGACCAGAGGGCCUGAUUUGUUCCUCCAACUCCUCUGUUAUUAUGGCUCAGGAACCUGCUCUACCCUUUUGUGACUGUGAGAUGGCAAAACAAACUGACCAAGGCAUCUCCUCUGGACUGUCACGCAACAACUCCAGUCUAUCUCACCUUCCUGUCUUUUCUGAAGGAAAAGCCUGGCAAUUGCGGAGCCACAGUUUACCUAUAUUGCCCCCAAAACAACCUUCCAUAUUCAGGAACCAAGGCACAUCCCUAACUUCUUUUCAGCUUUCAGAGCUUGGGAAAUCAAAAUAUUUUCAGGAUUUGGCAGCCCUUUCAUCUUUAAGAACACAAAGCUCUUUCAUUGACUCUAUAUUUGAAGACUCAGAUGUCUAUGAAACACAAGAGAAAACAGAGAUUAUAAGAAGAAGCAAGCACCUUCUGAAUGCAGAUCAUGGGCUAAGUUCUAUUUUCCCAGGAUGGGCUCCAAUCCAGCUCUCUCCUUUGGUCAGGUGGGAGUUAGAGGGACAUAUGGCUUGGAAGGUUUGUACUUUGCGGAAACAAACGUUGCCUCUGCCUGUGAAGGAAUCAUGGGCUAUGAUCAGUUAUUUAAUUGAGGAACCAGAGAAACCCCAUAUCCAGUUAUCUAUGCCCAUUCAUCAAAGCACUGAAGGAAAGAUCAACAAUAAAUCCCCAGACCUUUCAUCACUUCAGCUCCACAUGAACAUUGGAGUAGAAUCUGGAUUAAAUAAAAUAGAAAGAAAAUAUUCACAGUCACUUAUCCCAGGUAAGCAGUCACAACCUGGGGAUGGCCCCCACAUCCUUGGAUCUGGGCCCUUAGUUACAUCAAUGGGCACUCCAUCGCCCCAAAGUUUAGGAGUUGACAAAAUUCAAGAGGAAACCACUUUAUUGCAGAAAGACCAAAAACACAUGCUAGAGCUUAGUAUAGAGCAAAGGGUCAUAGGUCUUUCACAAAAAAGUAUACAACAGUAUAAGACCCAAGUGACUAAUGUGGAGUUGACCCCAAGGCAACCAUAUCAAGUCACAGACAGCAUUAAGGUGACCCCAAUGGCAUUACUUCAAGUCAUGAAUUCAAUGGGGAUGAUCCCAGAAUCACAUUCAGAAGUGAUAGACUCUGUGGAUUUGCUCCCACGGCCACCAAAUAAAGUUGAAAAACAAAUGGAAGUCAUGCAAACUGUGAGUAUAGGCCCCAAACCAUCAUUUCAAGUCACUGAAUCAGCAGAGGUGACCCCAAGAUUUUCAGAUCAAAAUGUGGAGUCAACAAGGAUGACCUCAAGACCACCGGAUCAAGUCACAGAUAAUGUGAAGGUGACUCCUGCAGCACUGCUACAAGUCAUGGAUUCUAUGGGGAUGAAAGAAAAAUCACACCCACAUAUCACAGAAUCAGAAAUGACCCCAAGGUCACAAUAUCAAGCCAUGGAGUCAGUGGAAACAAACACAGUGUUGGACAAUCAAGUCAUACAACCAGAAAAUAUGAAUCCAAUACCACAGGAUACAGUCAUGGACACUCUGGAAGUGGCCCCAGGGCCACAGCAUAAAGUCAUAGAAUCCUUGGGCACGACUGCAAGGCCACAAAGUGAAGUCACAGAAAUGAAGAAGAUUACUAUAGAGUCAAUAUGUCAAAACACAGAAUCACUGAAAAUAAUCUCCAGGCCAUCUCAUCACGUCACUCCAGUGGCACUAUUACAAGUUAUGGAUUGCAUGGGGAUAAUUCCACCACCAGAGGGACAGGUUAUAGAAUCUGGGGGUUUGACCCCAGAUUCACAUUCUCAAGUCGCAAAUUUGACCCCAGUGGUACCUCAGUCAGAUGAUUUGACUUUUAGUUGUUCUAGUGUAGGUUCACUUGGAGCAGAAUCUGUGGACUUAUCUCUAAAGCCAUCACCAACAGUCAUGGAGCCUGUAGAAGUAAUUCCAAAGCCAUCACAUCAAUCCAUAUGUCCUUCGAAGGUGACUCCAGUAGCACUGAAGUCACCCACGGGAUUCAUCAUAGCUCCACAGUCACAAGAUGUCGAAACUAAGAAUUUGACUCCAAGGCCAAUAUCUCAAGAUGAGGAAUCACUGGAGUCAACUCCUGAGUUAAGGAUUCAAGGGCUAGACCCUGUGAGAAUGACUCAUCAGCAAGGCACAGAAUCUACAGCACUAACUCCAGGGCCACCUCAUCAAGUCACAGAACCUUUGAGGUUGGUUCCACAGUACCAAAUAUUGGAAUGUUCAGAGACGAACCCAAGACAAGGGCAUCAAGGUAUAGGAACUAUGGGGCUGACCUCUGACACAUGCCUACAAAGGGAAAAAUCUGUAGAGUGGACAAAGUCACAUCAUAAAAUUAUGAAACCUUCAGAGAAAACCCCUACAUCACUUAGUCAAGGUACAGAUUCCAUGGGAAUAAGCCAAAAGCCACUGCCAGCAGUAAUGACCACUACAUCACUUCUUCAAGAUGUGAAGCCACUGCUACCAAUGCCACAACUUAAGGAUAUGGAUUCUACUGUGCUAUCUCCAGGAUUGCAAAAUGUAAAAUCUGAGAAAUUGACCUUGGGGCCAGAGCUGGAACAUAUAAAAUUUGUAGACAUAACCACAGAUUCAACUCCACAAAUGGUAAAACAUGAAGUGAUUCCAAAUAUGAACUGUAUAGAAUUGGCCCCAGAACUUCAGCUUCAGGGUAUACAAUCUGGUGAAUUGGCCCCACAGUUGCAAAAAGGAAAAUCUGUACAGUCAGCCCCAGGGUCUCAGCUUCAAGGUAAGAAAUGUACACAGUUGACUGUAGAACCACAACAGCAAAGUGUAAAAUCUGAACCACCACAACUGCAAAUUAGGAAAUCCAUACAUUUGACCCCUAGUUCACAGGCACAAGGUGUAGAACAUGUUCAUUUGGACCUACCAUCAGAGAGGUCAGGCAUAAAAACUGUGGAGUUGACACAAAGGCCACUACAAGAAGAUAUGAAAUCUAAGAAGUUGGCCCCAAAGUCAUGGUUACAGGAUAUAAGAUCUGAAGAGGUUGUGCCAGUGUUAUUGACUAAAGAUGUACAAACUUCUCAAAUGGCCGAAUGUAGGAAGCUGAGUCCAGAGACAUGCAUACCAGGUAUAAAAUAUGAGGCGUUGAUUCCAGGGAGACAUGUUCAAGCAGUAAAACCUACGGAAUUAAAACACAAACUAAACUACCAAUCCACAGAACCUGAAGGAUUGAUCCCAUGGCAUCAAGCUUCAGAAUCUUUAGGAAUGAUCCCAGAGCCAGGAUAUAGAAAAACAGAAACAAAGUUGACCUCUGACACUUGUUGCCAGGCAAAAGAAUCUGUGGGGUUGACACAUUCUUUAGGAAAUACCCUAGGAUCAAGCCACGCUUCGAAAUCUAUGCAGAUAAACCUAGUAUCACUCCAAGAUACUCCUGAGACAAUGCUCCCAAGUGAAAAACUCACAGCAGAAACUCCAGUGUCACAACAUACAGUACAAGAAUCCCCAGGACCAAACAUGCAAGGUUUGAAAGCAAAGAUGUUGACCCCAGAGCCUCAGAAAUUUGUUUAUAUGAAUCCAAGACCACAUUCACAAGUUAAGAACUAUGAACCGCUGAUUAUAGAACCACAAUUUGAAAGUGUGAAGUCUGUGCCAUUGACCUUAGAACCACACUCCAAAAGAAUAAAACCUGAGGAGUUAACACAAAGUUCGUUAAUAUAUGACAACUUUGUGGAUUUAACUGUACCACAGGAAGAAUCUAGGGGGCUCAUUCCCCAGACACAAUCGCUACAAAUUGAAUCAAGAAAACUGACAGUGAAACCACAUUUACAAACAAUGAAAUCUGUGGGUCUCAUUUCCAGACCAAGUUAUCAAGAAACCGCAAGUGCAGAGUUAGCUUCUGAGAUGUGGCCACAAAAAGAAGAACCUGUGAAGUUGAUUCCAGAGCAAGUCCUAGAAACUCCUGAUAUGAUGCCAAGGCCACAUUUUCAAAAAAUUUCAGAGCUAAUUCCAGGGUCAGGCUAUCAAUACACAAAAACUUCUGAGGCAUUAACACAAAAACCAGCAGAAUCAGGAAUGACUCUAAGACCACACCUUCAAGUUACUGACUCAUCAAAGACAUCUGUAAGGUCAGAAUAUGAAAACACAGAAGCUGUAGAGUUGGCACUGUUUCCAGUUGAAAGCCCCCAGGAAGAACUGCCAGCACCACAAUCAGAAAAAGGACUGUUAGAACCAGAAAAAUUAGAGCUGCUACAACAACAUUUGAAAUCUUUGGAAUUAACCUCUGAGUCAUCCCCAUUAGUGGUAGGUUCUAGACAGCGUACUGUAAGACCAAAACCACAUGUUACAGAGUUGACAUCAGGGCCACAGCUCCAGGUCUUAAAGUGUGGGCAGUUGGAUUCAAAGCCACAAUUACAAGAUGUGAAAUUUGUUCAAUUAAUCCAACAGUCAACUACCAGAGUGGAGGAAGCUGAGAAGCUGAUACAAAAGCCAGUGCUACAAAGUAUGAUGUCAGAGGAAUUGACUGAGGGGUCACAGCUCCAGGACAUGAAAAUGACCCAAGAAUCACCAUUGCAAAGUAUCAUAUUUUCAAAGUUAUCUUCCAGGCUACCUCCUCAAAAUGAAAAACCUGUAGAUUUAAUCUCAGGGCCCUCACAUCAUGGUAUGAAACCCGAUGAAUUGACCCCAGGUUUCCCAAUGCAAGAAAUCAAAUUGUCAGAUAUUAUGCAAAAGCCUCAAUGUGUGACAUCUGUACAGUUGACUCCAGAACCACAACCACAACCUCAAUUUGUGGAACUAAACUUGGGACCAUGUUUGCAAGAGGUCCAAUUUUCUGAUUUGACUUCAGAACCAAAGCACCACAGUUUCAAACAUGCACAGCCUAUGCCAGUAACACAGCUUCGAGAUAUAAAGCCUGGAAGGUUUGCUACAAAGUCAUCUUUGCAGUUAAGCCAAGGGCUCCCGGUUAGAGAUAUGAAAUCUGUUCUAUCUGUUGAAGGAUCACAAUUUCAAGGCACGAAAUCUGUGAAAUUGAUGUCAGAAACAGGAUUUCAAAGUGUGAAAUCUGAGGAACUAAACCUAAGGCAAAGGCAGGAAGAUGCCAACUUUUCUGAACUGACUUCUGGGCUAAAGUUUCAGGGUGUCAAAUUGGAGGAACAAACUCCAGGAUCAAUGUUUCAUGGUGUGAAUUCUGUGCAGGUGACUCCAGAGUUAGGACUUCAAGAUUCUAAAUUGCCUAAGAUGUCUCCAGGACUUCAAGGUAUGAGACAGGUGGGACUUCACACAGGACCAUGGUUCCAUGAUGUCAAAUUUUGUAAUCUGACAUCAGAAACUCAACCUCAAGGUGUGAGAUCUUCAGAGGUAAACUCAAGACCACAGCUACAAUGUAUGAAUUUUUUUGAGUUGACUCCAGAGCCCAAGAUGCAAGAAACAAGAACUAUGGCAUUGACCCUAGGACCUGAGAAGCAAGGGAUUAAACCUGAGAUGUUAGUACCACAGCCACUGUUUCAAGGUGCAAAAUAUGUAAUGGUAGACCAAACAUCAAACUUUGAAGGUGAUAAAUUAGCCUCUAAUCCACAGACACCAGAUGCAAAGUCUACAGAGUUGACUCCCGAGUCACAGCUGCCCUGUAUAAACUAUUGUGAGUUGACCAGUGGACCAAAGACACAAGGUAUACAAUCUUCUGAAAUGAUCCAGGGACUGCAGUUGCAAGACAUAAAACCUAUGGAGUUUACCCCAGUUUUAAAAUUUCAAGGUUUAAAAUCCAAGUUGUUGACUUCAGAGUCACAGCUAGAAGAUUUUAAAUCUGUGGCCUAUAGUCUAAGACAAUAUAUAAAAAAUAUAACAUCUAUAUUGUUAACCCCAAGUUCACAGCCAGAGGGUAAUAAACCUGUCAAGAUAACCUCAAGGAUGCAGAAAGAUGUCAAAUCUACUCCAGACUCCAAGCUUCAAGGUGUGAAAUCUGUUGAGUUUCAUAUGCAUUCAAGACCUCAAGAAUUAAAAACUCUGGAGUUGGCCCCAGGGACACAACUGCAAUAUAUGAAAGCUGUGGAAUCAAAACUUGGGCCAAAGAUGCAAGGGAAGAAUACUGUGCCUUUCUCACCUCAGCCACAGGUCCAGCAAGUCAUGAAACCUGAGGAAUUGACUUCAGGACCACAAAAGUCAGAUAUGAAAUUUGUAGAGAAUUUUCCAGGUUUAAAACUUCAAAGCUCAAAAUCUGUAAAGGAGACUCCAGAUUCAGAACUACAAUAUGUGAAAUCUGUGAAGUUGACCCCAAGGCUGAAGAAGCAGAUAGUAAAAUCGGUGAAUAUGAUAAGAAGACAAAAGAAUCAAGGAGUAAAAUCUGUAGGCCCAACACAACAAUUUCAAGGGCUGACACCUAUGGAUUUAAUUCCGAGGCCACAAGAUGUUGCAGAGCAGCAAAAUGUGAAUUUACAACAACCGAAGAAAGAUUCUAAGUUAAUUCCAGAGGCAAAAUUUAAAGAUGGGAAUUUAGAAGAUCUCAAUCUUGAAUUACAGUUGAAAGGUAUUAAAUCAUUUGAAUUGACUUCAGAAUCAAAUAUUCAAGGUGUAAACCCUAAAGAGUUCAAACUUGAACCACAAUUGCACCAAGUGAAACCCUUGGAGUUGUCUUCAGAGCCACAACUUCAAGGUGUCAUAACUCCUGAGUUAAAACAAGAGCCACAACUUGAAAAUAAGAGAUGUGUUCAGUGGACUCCAAUGUCCGAGUUACAAGGGAUAAAAUCUGUAGGGUUAAAUCUUUGGUCACAAUGUCAAAGUGCCAAAUCUGCAGAGUCAAAAUCUUUGAUACAAUUAAGAGACGUGAAGUCAUCUGAAUUGACUCCAGGGCCAAAAAUUCAAGGUGCAACAUAUAAGGAGUUGAAUCUUGGGCCACAGUUGCAGAGAGUAAAAUCCCCUGAGUUACCCCCAGGACCACAGCUGCAAAAAGGGGAACUUUUGGUAUCAACCUCACAGUCACAGCUUCAUGGUGUAAAAACUGUGGAGUUAAACCCAGAGCUACAGGUUGGAAGUAUGAAAUCUAUUCAGUGGAUACCUGGACCAAAGUUUCAAGGUGUGAAAUCUCUGCUAAAUCUUAGGUCACAGUCUCAGUGUGUCAAGCCUACAAAGUUAAAACCUUUGAUGGAGUUAACAGAUAGCAAGUCAUCUGUAUUGACACCAAGGCCAAAGCCCCAAGGUAAACAAUCUUUAGCAUCACUUCAGGAGCACCAGCCUCAAGGUUUUGAUUUGAAAACUUGUUUACAGUUCAGGAGUAUGGAAUCAUGUGAUCUAAAUUCGAGGUCAAAGCUCCGUGAUUUAAAAUCCAUCAUAUUCAAAUCAAGGCUUCAGUCGCAAAAUGGGAAAUCUCCUGAGUUGACUCCAGGGCCACAACUUCAAGAAGGGAAACCCUCACAGUCAUGUCCAGGAACACAGCUUCGAGGUGUGAAAUCUCCAGUGUUUACUCAAGAGCCACAGCUUUCUAAGGUGAAAUCUGGGGUAAUUAGUCAAGGAUCACAAUUACAAAGCAAUAAAGCUAUAGAGUCAAAUUGCCCGCAACAAUUGAAAAGCAUGAAGUCAUCUGAUUUAACUCUUCAGACAAGGCUUCAAGGUAUGAAAUCUGAAGAGUUCAACUCUGAGUCACAGUGGCAAGGUCGAAAAUCCUCUAAAUUGCUACUUGAGACAAGGUACCAAGGUAUGAAAUCUCCUAUGUUAAAUUCUAGCUCAUGGUUGCAAGGUAUACCAUUUUCUAAAUUGGCCUUAGGGACAAAAACUCAAGGUGUUAAACCCUCAGAUUUCAACAUGCAGCCAUUGUUACAAGGUAUAAAAUGUUCUGAAGGAACCUCAAAGACAAAGCUUCAAGAUGGAAUACGUAAAGAAUGUGACCUCCAUCCCCAGAUGCAAGUUAUGAAAUCUUCUGAACUGAUCUUAGGACCAAAACUUCAAACUGUGAACUUGGUAUUCAACCCUGUGUCACAGUUGCAAGGAGUAAAAUCCUCUAAGUUAAUCUCAGACACAAAGUUUCAGGAUAUGGAAUCUGUGAAGUUCAAACCUGGGCCACAGUUACAAGGUGUGAAAUCCUCUGAAUUGACGCUGGAGACAAAACUUCAAAAAGUAAAAUCAGGAGAAUUCAAGUCUGACCCACAGUUGCAAGAUAUGGAAUCGUCUAGGUUGAUCAUGGGUAUAAAACUUCAUGGGUAUAAAACUAUAAAUUGCAGGUCUAGAUCACACUUGCAUGACUUCAAAUCGUUUGAAGGUAUCCCAAGGGAAAAGCUUCAAGGUGUGAAAUCUGCAGAAUUAAAACCUAAUCCAAAGUUACUGGGUGAGAAAUCUUCUGAUGUGACCCAGGAAAAGAAGUUUCCCGGUGUGAAAUCCAUAGAGUUGCACCCAGGUCCACACUUAGAAAGUAUGAAAUAUUCUGAACUGAUCAUGGGUAUAAAGCUUCACAAUGUAAAAUCUAUGGAAUUCAGUUCUAGACCACACUUUCAAGGUCUGAAGUCAUCUGAAAUGAUUCCAGGAACAAAGUUUCAAGAAAUGAAAUCUGCUUUCAACUCUGGAUCACAGGCACAAAGUAAAAAGUCUUCUGAGUUGAGUCAGGGACCAAAGCUUCAAGAUGUGACCUUCUUAGAGUUCAACCAUAGCCCGGAGUUACAAAAUGGGAAAUCUUCUGACUUAACCCAGAGAAGGAAGCUUCAAGGUAUGAAAUCUGUAGAGUUCAACCCCGCAUCACAGAGACAAAAUGAGAAAUCUGAUUUGAUGGUAGAAGGGAGGCUUCAAGAUUUGAAAUCUGUUGAGUUAAAACCCAUCCCAGAGUUACAAUGUGUGACAUCUGAGUUAACACCAAAGACAAAACUUCAAAGUGGAGAAUCUGUGGAGUUCAACACCAGGCCAAUAGAGCAAGACAGGAAAUCUUUUCAAUUGCCACCAGGUACAGGGAUAGAAAAUAUGAAGUCUUUGGAGUCCAACUCAGCCCCACAGUUACAAGGAGGGAAACUGUCUAUGUUGACACCAGGGACACAACUUCAAAGUGUGAAAUCUAUGGAAUUCAGCCCUGGGACAAAGCUGCAAGAUUCAAAAUCUUCUAAGUUGAUGACACUUCAAAUAAAGAACUCUACAGAAGUCAAGCAUGGCCCAAACUUUCAGAUGGCAAAACCCUUAGAGUUGGCCUUGAAAUCAAAGAUUGAGGAUGUGAUAUCUUCUGAAUUCAAUGCUGCAAAGCAAUGGCAAGAUGAGAAAUCUUGUAAUUUGAAUCUGUGGCCAGAACGUGAAAGUGUAAAAAUGAUGGUGUUCAAUCCUGGACCACAUUUGCAACAUAUAAAAUUUUCAGACACAUGCAAAGCGACAAAACUUCAAAAUGUGAAAUCUAUGAAAUUCAAUCCUGAUCAACAGUUGCAAGAGAUGAAAUCUGAGUUGAGCACAAAGAUAAAACUUCCAAAUGAACAAUUUUUGAAAUUCAAGAAUAAGCUUAAAUUACAAGGUGGAAAAUCCUCUGGAAUGAAUCCAGGACCACAACUUCAGUAUAUACAUUUCAACCCUGGGCCACAGUUGCAAGGUGUGAAUUCUUCUGCAUUGAUUCCAGAACCAAAACCUCAGUGUGUAAAUUCUACUGAAUGUAACCCUGGGCCACACUGUCAAGGUUUGAAAUCUACAUUGAAUCCAGAGUCAAAAUUUCAAUGUGUAGCAUCAAGAGAAUGCAACCCUGGGCCACAGAUGCAGAUGCAGUGUGCAAAUUCUUUUGAGUUGAAUUCAGGGCCCAAAUUACAGAAUAUGAAUAGGGGCUGCAAACAUGGGCCAUCCUUGCAAGGUGUAAAAUCUUUUGAGUUGACUUCAGGGGCAAAAUUUCAAGAUAAGAAAUCAAAGGUGAAUGCAGGGACAGAGACUCAAAAUGAGACAUCUAUGUUUAACCAUCUAUGUGGACCACACUGUCAAGUUCUGAAAUCUACAUUGAAUCCAGAGUCAAAGUUUCAAGGUGUAGCACUGAAGGAAUGCAACCCUGGGCCACAGAUACAGCGUGCAAAUUCUUCAGAGUUGAAUCCAGGUUCCAAAUUACAGAGUGUGAAUUCUAGGAGCUGUAAACAUGGACCACCCUUGCAAGGUAUAAAAUCUUCCCAGUUGACUUCAGGGACAAAAUAUAAUGAUAUGACAUCUUCUGAUUUGAAUCCAGGGUCAGAACUUGAAGAUAUAAAAUCUGCUAUAUCUGACCUUGUGAAUUAUUUACAAGAUAUACAAAAUGACUUGGUUCUAGGAACAAAAUUUCAAGGUAUAUCAUCGAAGGAGCUCAACUCCGGGCCACAGCUACAAGAUGCAAAUUUUUCUGAGUUGAAUUCAGGGUCAGAACAUCAAUACAUAAAUUCCAUUAGAUUUAAUCCAGGAUCACAGGUGCAAGGUAUGAAACCCUCUGAAUUGAACACUGGGACAGAAUGUCAAGGUUCAUCUCUUCUGUUCAACCCUGGAGCACAUUUUCAUGAUGUAAAUUCUUCAGAGUUAACUUCAGCAACCAAUUUUCCAGAAGUUCAAUUUUUGGAGAACCACCUUGGGUCACAGCAACAAGUUGUACAAUCUGUGCUCACUUCAAGCCCUCAGUUAAGGGCUGUGAGAUCUAGAGCAUUUUUAUCAGAGCCACUAGUGGAAGAUACAAAGUCUGUGAAGAUGGGAAAAGAACCAUUGCUUUGUGGUGCCAGUUCUGUGAAAAUGAUUUCAGGCCCUGAGUUGCAAGGCAUAAAAUGUGAGGUAUCUGCAUUAGAGUCGUGUUUAAAGCAAGGGUUAUCUGUGGGGUUAAGUUCAGGGCCACAUACUGGACUCGUGAAUUCUAAAGAGUUACCCUCACACCUCAGGCAACAUAAUGUGAGGUCUGUAGUGUUUGCACCAGAGUCAAAUAUUGAAGAUGUGAAAUCUCUGGAGUUGAAAGCACAGCUACAACCUCAAGAUGUGAACUCUAAGAAGCUGAAUUCUUACCUCAGGCAGAAAUUAAUGGUGUUUGGAUCAGAGCCAUCUUCUCAAGAUGUGAAAUCUAUGAUGUCAAAUCUACAGACACAACCUCAAAAUUCUUUAGGGUUGUCAUCAUGCCUCACAUCACAGUGCAUUCAAUCUGAAGCCUCUGUGCCCGAGUCAUCUUUUCAAGGUGCAAAACAUGUAGAGUUGAUACCAGGGUCCCAACAGCAAGGUAUGAAUUGCCAAGAGUUGACUUCAGGAUGGCAAGGUAUGGAAUCAGUGGUGAUGACAUCAGAGUCAACUAAGAAAUUCAUAUCUGGACCAAUGUUGACUAGUGUCAAACUUUCAAAUAUGUCACCAGAAUCACAAGGCAUGAAAUCUUUGGAGUUAAUUCCAAACCCAAAGUUGCAAAGCAUAAGACAUGUGGAAUUGUCUUCAGUGUCUCUGAAACAAACUCCAAAAUCUGUGGAGUUAACACCAGGGUCACUGCCUCAAAGAGUGAAUCCAAGAAUAAACUAUCAAAGCACAGACUAUGUAGAAUAUGCAGAGAUGAUCCCAAAGCCAAGGCAUCAAGUCCCUAAAUCUGUGAAUUUGAAUUCACUAACUAUUCACACCUCAGAAUCUUCAGAGAUGGCACAAAGGUUGGCAUAUCAAAGCACUGAAACUGUAGAGAUAUCAGGUAAAGCUAUGAAAUCUUCAGGGUUGCCUCUAGAGUUAGAUUUCCAAGUACCAGAAUUUGUUGGCAUGACUCCAGUGCAAAUGAAUGAGGAUUUAAAUUUCUUUAAAUUAACCUCAGAGAAAAGCUAUCAAGCCCCAGAAACUCUGGAGUUGCUUUCUCAGUUAGAGUCUCAAGUUACAGAUUUGGGGGAGUUAUAUAUGAGGCCACUGCAACAAGUUGUGGAUUCUAGAGAAAUGACUUCAGAAUCCAAGCAUCUUGUUACACAGCCCAUGGAGUUGACUUCUGAGGCAAGGCUGCAAAAGGAAGAAUUCCUUGGAAUGAUCCCAAAGUCAAAGCCAAUAAGUAAAACCACUAGUUAUAGAAAGAGAUCUCCAAGGUCCUAUCCUGAAGCCUUAGAACCUACAGAGAGAAUGUCAGAGGAAAGAUUGCAAAGGGAAGAAUUUGUAGCAUUGAUUACAAAGACAUUACAUCAUGUCCCAGAAUCUUCACAGAUGAUACCAGGGCUUGGACAUCAAGUUCCUGAAUCAGUGGAGUUGACCUCAGAUACAGGGCUGCAAGUGGAGGAACCUAUGACUUUGAUCCCAAAGUCACAACAUCAUUUGGGAUCUUCAGAUAUAAUAUUAGGGUUAGGACAUCAAGUACCAGAAUCUGUGGGUUUAACCUCUAAGCAAUGGCUUCAAAAGGAGGAGUCUUUAGAGUUGCCUCCAAGGCAAACAGGUCAAUUUUUAGGGCAUGUACAGUCUGCAGAGCUCAUUUCUGAAACAUGGCAGCGAGGGAAGAGAUCAAUACCACUGACAGAGUUACAGAAACAACGUAUAACAAAUUCAGAGAUAGCCCAAGGACCACUGGAUCAAAACGUAGAAUUGAAAAGGAUUAGUCCAAAGUCACUACAUCAAUUCACACAAAAUGCAGUGACACAGCAUCACGUUGCUCAUUCAAUACAGGCAACUCCAGCAGCUCCCCAAAAAGUUGUUGAAUCUGUGAAAGUGACCCCAGGACCACCAUUUCAAGUUGUGAAGUCUGUGGCAUUAAUGCCACGAGUAGCCUCUCAAAUGGUAGAAUAUGUUAAGUCUACUUCAAAACUGCAAAAUGUAGGCACCGCAGAGUCAUGUUUGCAAAAUGUGAAAUGUAAGCCAUCAAUCAGACAACCAACACACCAGAUUUUGGAAAUAAUGAAGUUGACAGGGUUUCAAAUUGUAAAGAGUGUGUUAAUCCCUGGGCCAUCACUUCAAAUUGUAAAAUCUGAGAAAUUAGCACCAGGACCAACCCCUCAGGUUGUAGAACCGAUAGGAGUAACCCUAAAAUUGGGGCUUGAAGUAACAGAUUGUUUGGAUUUACUCCCCAAGCCACAUCUUCAAGAAAAAACAGGACCUGUAGAAUUAAUUCCAAGCUCAAAAACUGAAGUGAAAUCAGCAGAAUUUACCUCACAGCCAACAUUUCCAUUUGCAGAAUUUACAGUGUUGACUCAUAAAGAAAACCUCCAGCCUGUGAAGUCUUUAGGAAGAAAAACAGGGCUUCCUCAAGUCAUGGAAUCUGAGGAUUUGAAUCUUGGACAGAGAUAUCAGAAUGGAGAAUCUGGGGAGUUAGCAUCAGAAGAGAUACAAAUAGGGAAUUUCUUCUCUAGGUUUCUACAGAGCUCUUCAAACUCACUCAUCUCAAGAUCUGAAUUUGGAGGUCUUUUGGAUUCUGAGAUGCCAGAAGGAUCAAGAACUUUACACACAAAAGAACUUGAGAAAGAUAUUUUGCAGCCUGAAGAGUCCUUCAUGGAUCCUUUUAUGUUACAAUCUCUAACCCUUCCCUUGAUGCUUCAUAAUCAACCCUCUGAUAAGACAGCAAAUACCGUAGAAACCACACAUCCUGAGAUCCCAGGUAUGGAUGUCAUAUCCAAGGAGAGGACUGAGAGGAAGCAGGUGGAAGAGCUAAAGAACUCACUUCAGAGCAUCUCCCAACAUCCACCACGAAGCUGGAGAUUUCCAUCUAGUACCUUUCACACUAGAUCAGGGACACAAAAGGGUCUUACUUCGUCUGCUUUGGGAAGACAACAGAAUGUCUGGGAGAAUCACUCCUGCAGGCAACGAAUACCUAGAAAGUAUCUCUCCACUAUGCUAACGCUGGGGAAUAUCUUAGGUACUACUAUGGAAAGGGAGUUUUACUCUCAAAUGUCUUUAACAGAGAGAGACACUGUGGAUACCUUUCAAUCUACUCAGAAUUUGUUUGGGGUUCCAGCUGAACUGAUGGAAUUUUCCCAUAUUCCACUAGAGAAGGAUCAAGUUGCUAUUUCUCAGCCUUCAGUGGUCAAAAACCACAUUCAGAGACAUACCUCCAGCCAUGGUCACGAUAAAAGAAUGACCUUAAGGAUGUGGACACGUGGCUCUCUGUCCUCCAUAAUACGGCAAUACUCCGGGACUAGAAUGAAAAUAAAGAAAACAAACACAAAGCUAAGUGAUAUGUCCCAGGAAGUCAUUCAGCACAUGCCUAUUUCAUAUACAGAGGGCCAGUAUCCUGUCUCAGUCAAUACAGAGUCUUUCUUCAAUGUAUUUUUCACUAGCAAAGAUCAUAUUACAGUGGGAGGGAGUGAGAACUCACAUAGUGAUUUACAGAGAAGAAUUUUUGAGUCCCAUCAGUCUCUCAAGUCAAGUUAUCAUCCCCAGGCCACAAAUGACUUCUCAGAACAAUUCCAGCUGCUGCAAGACCUGCAGCUAAAAAUAGCAGCAAAACUGUUAAGGGUUCUAAUACCCUCCAACAUUCCUCCACCUCUAGCUACAGGUCUGGUCCUAAAAUACCCUAUCUGCUUACAGUGUGGCCGAUGUUCAGGAUUUAACUGCUGUCAUAAAUUACAGGCCACUUUUGGGCCUUACCUUCUUAUCUAUCCACAGCUCCACCUUGUACGCACUCCUGAAGGCCAUGGAGAGAUUAGGUUGCAUCUUGGCUUUAGGUUGCGAACUGGGAAAAGACCCCAAGUCCCAAAGUAUCACAGAAAAGAUAGACGCAUUUCAUCAAAGAGUUCUACAUCCCCAUCGCUAAGUAAAACUAAAACCCGUACUCGAGUGUCCAAAAGUACUACUUCAACGGUAGAUUUCCGUUCUGGGUCUUCUCAUUCUCCUCCUCCUGUACAAGUCCACAUCAGGAGAAGGCAAAGUGGUAGACCUGACCUAGUAGGAAAGACAGAAAUUGGAAAGCGUAGGCCCUAUGAAUUCACUCACAUUCAUGCUCUACCAGAAAGUGACUCUGAAAGCAAUCAGGUUGAAAAACAGGCUAAAGUGAGAAGCAAAAAGACAUCUAAAUCAAAAUAUCCAAAGAAGAGAUUCACCAAGGGAGUUAGAACACCAGCUAAAAAGCCAUACAUAAAGAGUAGAACCACAAUACAGAGCGCCACUAGGGAACUACCAGCCCAGUUAAAAAGGAAGAAGAGUGGAGCAUCUAAGACUACUUCUGCCUCUUUAGAAAGCCAACCUAAGCAACCUAAAUUCAUUCAAAUGCUUUUUUGGGGCCUAAAGCAGGCAUUCCAAAAAGCACACAGAAUUGUGGCUGUUGUUGGACAGAAGCCUGAGAACAGGACAAGGCCAGACCAUUUAUGGCAAAGCAAAAGCUACCAUCCAAGACAAAAAGCCAGAGACUAUUGCUUAUCAAGUGAUAACAAAAGAGAUAGGAUGUCAGUUGUCAAUCGAAACCCAACGGACUCAACCCCUAAGCAGCAAAGCAUGUUGUGGGAAGGAACAGACCAUUUCAGAUCAGUUCAACCAUCAAAAAGAGAGAGCUCUUUCCAAUCCAGACUUAUCCAAAGACCCAAGCCCACAGCUUCCCAAAGAAGUACCACUUUCCAAAACAUCUCAGUCAAACAGCAUUCGGGAAUGGUUCAGCAUGACAGUGGCAGAGUUAAGAAAAAGGUUUACGGAAAUGAAAUUUCUAGGCAGGAGUCCAAGAACUCCAAAACAGGAACCAGAGUUCGGGGCCAAGGGAGAAUCCUACAUGGUUUUCCUAUGAAGAGAACCUCACACAAUCAUCUUAAAAAGAAACUCACACACAAGGAACAAAACCACCACAGCUUUUAUAAGGAAAGAACCCCAUGUAAUUCCUCUGAGAGGAGCCAAUAUAAUGUUUCUGAGAGAAGCCAUCCCAGUGCCCCUCAGAGGAGCCGCCCCAGUCACCCUCAGAGGAGCCAUCCCAGUCGCCCUCAGAGGAGCCAUCCCAGUGCCCCUCAGAGGAGCCGUCCCAGUCCCUCUCGGAGGAGCCAUCCCAGUCGCUCUCAGAGGAGUCAUUCUAGUCACUCUCAGAGAAGCCAUCACAGUCCCUCUGAGAGAUGUCAUAGUGUUCCUGAGAGGAGAUAUCGCAGUCCCUCUGAGAGGAGGUGUCGGAGUCCUUCUGAGAGGAGAUGUCGCAGUCCUUCUGAGAGGAGGUGUCGCAGUCCUUCUGAGAAAAUCCACCAUACUUCCUCUGAGAAAACCCUUAACAGUCCUGAGAAAAUACGGCACAGAUCCUCUGAAAGGAGCCUUGGAAGUCUCUUUGAGAGGGGCAGACAGAGUCACUCUGAGAGGAGCGGACGCAGUCACUCUGAGAGGAGCAGACGCUGUCACUCUGAGAGGAGCGGACGCAGUCACUCUGAGAGGAGCGGACGCAGUCACUCUGAGAGGAGCGGACGCUGUCACUCUGAGAGGAGCGGACGCAGUCACUCUGAGAGGAGUGGACGCAGCCACUCUGAGAGGCAAGGGCGCAGUCACUCUGAGAGGAGUGGACACAGUCACUCUGAGAGGAGAGGGCGCAGUCACUCUGAGAGGAGUGGACACAGUCACUCUGAGAGGAGAGGGCGCAGUCACUCUGAGAGGAGUGGACACAGUCACUCUGAGAGGAGAGGGCGCAGUCACUCUGAGAGGAGUGGACACAGUCGCUCUGAGAGGAGAGGGCGCAGUCACUCUGAGAGGAGCGGACACAGUCUAUCUGAGAGAACCCGCCACAGUCCACGGAAGGAGAGACUCAAGCACAGUCCCUCUAGGGAGAGGCCCAGACAUAGCUUAUCUAAAGUUUUCAAGAGUUAUCAAACAUGUCCUCUCGGGACCACACAAGAAAACCCCAAAGCUGGGCGAGUUUGGAGGCCUGACUGUAGAUCCGCCCCCAUUAGUCAUUGACUCGAUCAGGUCUUCACCAAGCUGUCCUUCCAUGGCAUACCUCCUGCUUAACCACUGCCUUUCAAUUCCUAUGCCCUCAGCAAUGAAAGAGCUUCUAGUCUUUACUUUGAAGAGGGGCGGUGGCGGUAUAAAUGGAUCUGUAAUAUCUCUAUGAUAAAUAAAGGGGCAAGAACUGAUCUCUGUGUGCCUGUAGUAAGACCACUC